ACAGCGAAUUUCCUUGUUAAAUUAGAUAUUUAGUUUGCUCGAGUUACCUGUUUAUUAUUUCUACCUAAUCCCUUAAUUUCAUAGCGAAAUACAUUUUUUACCCUUAAUUUAUUUUAAAACCUUUCGUUUGUACACGCAGAUUUUACUGAUGGUCAUAUUCCUUGAUCAUUAUUUGCUUUGACCAGUAGUAACCAAUCAGCACUUGCUGCACACGUGGUCAUUGCUUGUCAAUCAAAAUCGACUACUCAUUCUUUUAACUUUUUUCACUCACUUCAUCAACGCCUGACUCGGACAGGACGCCUACUGGAACGCUAAAGCCCGCAACUCUAUUUCACCGCUUCAUCAUCGAAGGCCAGUAUUAACGACACACACCAUGAGUUUUAGUAAAGAUGCUAUGAAGCUCCACUUUAAACUGGAGGGGUCUGUAAACGGGCAUUGCUUCGGGAUACACGGAGAAGGCGAAGGGAAAGCAUUUGAGGGGGGGAGCAGUGGGCUAGGCACUGUUUCAAGGGAAGGCAUCUUCCGUUCUCCUUCGACAUCAUUAUGCCAAACGGAAGCAAGGCGUUUGCCAAGUACCCAGAUAGCAUGACUGACUUCUUCAAAGCUGCCGUGGAAAAUGGCGGGCUGGCCUGGGAGCGAACCAUGACGUUCGAGGAUGGAGGCUACUGUACGGCCGUCAACACAUCAGUGCUUUUCAACGGCAGCCUUCAUUACCACGUGACCUUCCACGGAAUCAACCUAAACCUGGAGGGACCCGUAAUGCAGAAGAGGACGAUGGGGUUGUUACCAAGCGAGGAGACGAUCAUUCCAAGGGGAGACACUCUCGUCGGUGACAUCAACAUGGUCCUUAAAGAUAACAACGGCAGUCUUUUGCGUGUCAAGUUUGAGACAGUGUACAGUACGGUCAAGAAGGCGAAAGCGUAACGAACAAAUUCCGAUAGGAGAUAAGUUCAGACGUGCAGGCAUAUGCGCCAUUGGUACCCAGGAUAGUCUCGUACCGACGAGAACCCGAAUGCGCGACUAACAAGUGCCAAUAGGAGACGAGUGACGACGUCUCUGGCCCACAUGUAGCCUUGUAUCGACAAGAACUCAAAAGUGCAACGAACAAAUGCCGAUGGGAUACUAGUGACGGUGUGCGCCUCUGGCAUCCAUGGUAGCCUUGGACCGAAGAGAACCCGAAAGUGCAGCGAACGAAUGCCGGUGGGAGACGAGUGACGGAUAGCGCCUAUCGUACCCAGUUUACAAUAAAAAGUUUACAACAAAAGUUUCACAU